GACGCGGAUCUGGCGAGCGCGGCCGGGGGCGUAGCGAGCUGAGGGAGGGACCGCAGGCGGGAGUGGCGGCAAGCUGCCGGGGGGCGAGACGACCCUGCGGACCGCGGCAGCGGGCAGAGAGGGGCGGCCGGGCCCGCCGCUGCUGGCUCCUUGCGAGGCCAGGUUGUUUUUCAUCAUUCAGAACAUUGCCUGAAGCAGGUCCACCAUGCCGUUAGUAACGAGGAACAUCGAGCCAAGGCACCUGUGCCGUCAGACGUUGCCUAGCGUUACAAGCGAGCUGGAAUGCAAGACCAACAUCACCCUGGCAAAUGUCAUUCGACAGCUGGGCAGCCUGAGUAAAUUUGCAGAGGACAUUUUUGGAGAGCUCUUUACUCAGGCAAAUACCUUUGCCUUCCGGAUGAGCUCUCUAGCUGAGAGGGUUGACCGCCUACAAGUUAAAGUCACUCAGCUGGAUCCCAAGGAGGAAGAAGUGUCACUGCAAGGGAUUAACACCCGAAAGGCCUUCAAAAGCUCCACCACUCAGGACCAGAAGCUUUUUGACCGGGCCUCGCUCCCGGUGCCCGUCCUGGAAACGUAUAACACUUGUAAUGCUCCUCCACCCCUCAACAAUCUGUCCUCGUACAGAGAUGAUGGCAAAGAAGCCCUUAAAUUCUACACAGACCCUUCGUACUUCUUUGAUCUUUGGAAGGAGAAGAUGCUGCAGGACACCAAGGACAUCAUGAAAGAGAAGAGGAAACACAGGAAAGAAAAGAAAGAUAAUCCUAAUAGAGGAAAUGUCAACCCGAGGAAAAUUAAAACCCGUAAGGAGGAAUGGGAGAAACUGAAGAUGGGACAGGAAUUUGUGGAGUCCAAAGAAAAACUGGGACCUUCUGGCAUGUCACACCCUGGCUGUCAGAGAGCCGAACCACCUGAUACCAGGUAUCCAUCUAACCUGGUGUACCAGAAUGGCAGCAUCGGCUCUGUAGAGAGUGUCGAUACGAGUGGCUACCCACCCCCACCCCAGUCAGACUCCAACUCUCCUCCCUCUCCCUCCUUCCCUGAUGACAGCCUGCCACCGCCACCAGUGGAGUUCAGCUACCCAGUAGACAAUCAGAGAGGGUCUGGUUCAGCUGGACCUAAGAGAUCCAGUCUUGUCAGUCCAAGCCACCCACCACCAGCUCCACCUCUUGGCUCCCCACCUGGCCUCAGACCAGGCUUUGCUCCUCCUGCUCCCCCACCUCCACCACCAAUGACUAGAGUCUCACCACCGCCGCCACCUGUUGGAUUUGUAUCUCCAGGGACUCCACCACCUCCUUCUCCUCCAUCUUUCCCUCCUCACCCUGAUUUUGCUGCCCCUCCUCCCCCACCUCCACCCCCAGCCGCUGACUACCCUUGUCUUCCGCCUCCUCCUAUAGCUCAGCCGGCUGGUGGCGCACCCCCACCCCCGCCUCCUCCUCCUCCCCCUGGACCUCCACCCCUUUCUUUCAGCGGCAGCGACGGUCAGCCGGCCCCACCACCGCCACCACUUGCCGACGGCUCUACAUCCAAACCCAAGUCAUCAUUGCCUCCUGUGAAUGAUGCCCGCAGUGACUUACUUUCAGCCAUUCGUCAAGGCUUCCAGCUUCGUAAGGUGGAGGAGCAGCAAGAGCAGGAGAAACGAGAUGUGGUGGGCAAUGACGUGGCCACCAUCCUGGCCCGACGAAUUGCAGUCGAGUACAGCGAUUCUGAGGAUGACUCCUCAGAAUUUGAUGAGGACGAAUGGUUCGACUAACUGUGCCCAUCAGCACUGUCUCCACCUUCCGCUCUGAGCCCCCCAGGAGAGCCCCAACAGAGCCAUGGGCUUCCUUCCCCAAAGUAACCAAAGAUGCACCUGAGUGCUUUCUGCACACCUCUUAUGUGCGUUCUCCCCUUCUCACUUUUCCUUCAGCCUGUGAAGUCACCAAGAGCAUCCUCACUGGUCUUCCUUAUCUGGUCUGGAGAUGCCAGGCAGGAAGGAGACCAACAUCCCCUUCUCAAUCCUCUUGCUAAGUUGCUUCUUGGCACCACCUUUAGAUUAUGUUUUCUUUUGUAAGUGGAAGAUAGUGCCUUUUAGUGGGCAUCCUGGGGAUACUUUAAACCUGUCUUGUGCCUUUGGGGUCUCAGCCUCACCUCAGCCCCUGCCCUGGAGCAGGAAGCAGAGUGCUGACCCUGGCUCCCCCACCUAUCUGCCGGCAUGGCAUGGAACAUUCUCAAGAACCGUCUAGUCCCCAGUCCUCUCCAUGAUCCCUGCCAGCAGUGGUGGCCACAUAAGGAAUGGGGUGUGAUCUUGGCAGACAAGGGCCUUCCCUUCCAGGCUGGGCCAGGCAGGGCCACCCACACCAGAGUCACCGGAAUGGCCUACCAUUUCCAUUAUUCUCGUGAAGCAGGUGUGGAGGCCUAGCCUGAUGCUGGCGAGAUUGUUCUGUACUUUGCUAGGCCCCUCCCUCUGGAGCAUCACCUUCAUUUUUACCGUGAGGAGCAAAGGACGUCCUGCAUCUUUGAAACCUGGGAAAGCAUCUUUUCCAGAAGUCCCCCUCCAGUCCCAGAGGGCUCAGUGAGGACAGUGCAAGGCUGGCAGAGCUGGGGGUUUCGAUGCUCUCUCUUUGUGACCCUGAGGAGGCAAGAAGGAACAAAUGAUGGCUGGGGUGGGGGAUCUAAAGCAGCCACUCUGGGCCCAGCCCCUCCCUGCCCUCCAGCCCCUUUACCCAUACCACUCACACACCAGGAGCCCUGGGACAGACUUGCUCCUACAAAUUAGGAAAGGAAACCAGGGUUCUGGGACUUGUCUCCAUGGUCUGUAGGACCUAGCUGAGACUAGAACUCAGGUCUGGAGCUCCACUUUAGGGAGCUUUCAUUGCCUAUGCUUUCCUCAGCAAAUAAUCCAGGGAUUUGUCCCUAGCAUUGCUUUCAGAGGGGUGGGGGAGCGCCCCCUCUGGAGAGGGGUAAGAAUUUCAUCCUGACCUCUUUAGUCUGAGGCUUUGUGCUAAAUAGAAGAAAGGAUUCUUAGGGGAUGUAUGCUAAUGUUAAACAUUGGAGCCACCUGCCCUGAUCAGUAGACCUCAGCAUUCAUUCUAGGCAUUGCCCCACCUCAAAUUAAUUUUUGAUAAGUCUUUUAUAGCUCUUUUCCCCUUUAACCUGUUUGUAUCCUCCAAAUUUAGGGAAGAGUCUACUGAUUACAUAUCAUAGCCCCUGCUGCCUUAAGGGGUCUGUCAGUGGUAGGGGUUAGGGGAAUAUGAAUGAAUAGAGGUCUUCUGUCCUUGUCCCCAAGCCCAAUUUGGUGGCUGGAGUGGGUGGCAUGUCUAACUCUGUGCCAGCCCUGUCCCCCUCCCCAAGAUUAACACAGAGGUGCUAGUAAGCAGAACUGGCCUCAUACGGGCUUUGUUCCCCCUCCUGACCUAACUAGCCCACAGAAUCAUGCCUCUCCUGUUUUCAGAGCAUUGAAACAAAGAGAAGCAGGCUGCCUCUCAAGCCAGUAGAGUCAAUAGUUGCAGUGAUUGCCAAAGCCCACAGAAACCCCUCUGGCUAGAUGAGGGUAUGUAUAAUCACUGGGAGAUUGUGCCUGUCUUCCCCUAUUGCUUCUCCUGUAUUUCCUUUUCUUUGAACCCCAGGAUGGGGAGGGAGGAAAUGGAGCUGAGGAAUGGCCGUUCAGCUUAUCUCUGUGGCCUCCCCCCACCCCCAGCACACACAAGAUCAGGGGUCUUCAGCUCAGGUCUCGCCCUGUUUAUAAGGCUCUGCAGCCGUUUCCCAGCCUGCAUUUUGGAAGCAUAAGAAUGGGCAUUUGUCUCAGACCACAAAUGGUCCAGGCAGUGGAGCCAGCCUCCCAGCUGCCAGGGGAAGAACGGUGUUCUGCUGCAGAGCUGGGCCCUAAGCAUGCAGGGGUGGGGGUGGCAUUUCUCUGGUCUCAGGAGCCAUCCCCGCCUCCUUCAGCCCAGAGUGAGACCUGGGGCUGACCAGUCUGGUGUGUACACUCAAUUGCUUCGGCUGAAUUGUGCCCUUCACCACCCCCACCCCCACUUCGGAAAGGGGAGCCAGCCCCUCCCUGCACAGUUGUGACCUUGAGAAGGGGCAGUGUUCUCUGGGUUUCUAGAAUCCACAUAUCACAUCCAUGUGCAAGCCCACAGUGGGAAGGGCUUUGGGGGGAGGGGGCAGAGGGGGCUGGCUGCCGAAGGUAGGAUUAGAUCAUUAGCUCAGUGACCUCCUAGGGUUUCGCUGUGCUGUGUUCUCCUUCUACAGCUGGCUUGGUAAUGAUCUGCAAGUCCCGGAGUGCAACUGCACAGCUCUGCCCAAUGCUCUCAUUAAAAUCUAUGCAACCAACCUCGGUGCUUUGUACCAGCAACCGCCCAGCUUAAGCCACCCUGGCUUGUGGGGCUCCCAGUCCCAGGCAGCAGAAAGGUCCUCUGGGCUCUGCUUAUGCAAAUGUGCCCCAGGAAAGAGAACAACAACAAAAAAAAUCAUGCUUUUUAUUCCUAAAUCUCCCUGUUCCUUUAAGAAAGGAUUCUAUGCAAUUAACCAUGUGUCUUUGUGAAUCCUCUAACUAUAAAAAUGCAAAGUUUAGUGAUGAUUUUAGAGGCCAGUAGUGGGUAGGAGAUAGGGGGCGGUGGCCUAGCUCAGUUAGCCUGGAUUGCCUUGGCCCAACUUCUGAUCUUUACCAGCAGAUAGUGGUAGAUUCUUGUUCACUUGUGAAAUGAACACAUUCCAAGGGAGUGUCCCCAAGGUGGGGGAUCUUGUCCUAAUUUAGAGCCUGCCUGAACUCCCAGGAAUGACCCUGUCCAGUGUCACUGAGGAGCCCGGGCUGGGUUGUCAGGGCUAAUGGGGAGGUGCAUGUGGCUCUAUGCCCCACCCCCAAGCCCUUGGCUUUGCAGGGAUGGCUCGAACAAAUUAAGGACUCCCCUGGCUCUGGUGACCCUGCCUUAGCAUUCUCCCUGUGUCUUCGCCUAGGCCAAUAGCCUACCUCCCGCUGCAGCAACCCCGCUGGCCCCAAGGCAGCUCUUGUCACAGCUGUUCAGGGCCUCAUCAUCACCCUAAGGUUCGCCUCAAAUCCAGGAACGACCUUUACUCAGGAACAGAGAGGCAUUUCGUAUCUGGAGAGGUGGAAUACCAGUAAUAACUGGCCUGGCUGGGGGUGGGGGAGGGGCAAAGCCAUGGGGAGUCUUAGAGCAGGCGUUACAGACACAUGCCUCUCGUGUGCCUCAUCUUAGUUCUUACAGUGCCUCAAAGCAGGGUAGGGAACAAUUUUGUUAUUGCAUUAACUUUAUUCAGUUAAUUCACUUGAGAAACUAACCAAUUUUUACUUUCUGUCUAGAAUGAUGUAGACCUAGAAGAGCAAGCUGUAAUGCUCCCAGAGUGCCUUAUUUUCUCUGAUAUAAAUAUAUUUAUAAGGACAGAUAUUCCAGUGGUAACUCGGGCUUCUUGGGUGAGUCUGUCAUGCUGAGAUUUAGGGAGAAGUAGGUGUGGGUGGAUGUGUGUGUGUUGGGAACGGCACUGUUGCUGCGAGAAUCCCUCCAUGCCAGGCAGUUGAGCUGGAUUCCAAGUAUUUGGGGGAAAGAUCUCAUUGAGUAGGGGCAAGUUAGACCUCGGUUGUCCACAGAAUCAAGGUGCAAUUCAGUCCUUGUCCUUGUCCUUGUCGGCCUUGCUCUCCCCAUUCCUCCCAAGCCUUGAGAAAGGCACCCAGCUUUCCAGAGCAGACCACAGCUAUGCAUCUUGUUUCAUUUGAUUGUUAAAUGCAGCUCCAUGUUCUCCCCCUGGCCCUAUUGCAGUAUGUAUAUGUAUAAAUACUCUCAAUGUAAACAUUUUAAAGAAUUUGAUAAAGCCUUUCUAGCCAAUCA